AUUUCUCUUACGGAUUUGGCUUGUGAGACACAUCUUAUCACCACACCGAAGUGUAACAGCACGUGUGCUUCAGAAAGCCUGGAACUGCCUGCCUUUUGUUGAUCUUCGAGUCAGGACUCUUUCUUUUACUAAAGGCAUGGAUGGUGACCGGGCCCAAGACGUGGAAACAGAUGGUUCUAAACUGGAGCACAAUAUCGCUCAGCCACCUGCAGUGGACUCCAGCAGUGGCAGUGAGCCUGUAAAAAAUGGUGAGACUCUAAUCACAGAAGGAAAGGCAAAAAUAAUUUUUCCAAGUGCCAAUGAAGUUUUCUACAACCCUGUCCAGGAGUUCAACAGAGACCUGACGUGUGCAGUCAUUACAGAAUUUGCUCGUCUGCAGCUUUCAUCCAAAGGGAUUCAGAUCGCAGUUCCUGGGGAGGAGAACGUCUCAAAAGUGGUUGUAGAUCUUUUAACGGGGGAAAAAGAGGAUGAGUUGCAGCCGCCGCCUACUGGGGAUAAGGAGGAGCGCAAAGUCGCCACAGUUGGAGAAGUGUGCCAGGAUGGACUCCGAGUGCUGGAGGCCUUGGCUGCAUCUGGACUGCGUUCUGUCCGGUUUGCCAAGGAGGUGCCAGGCCUUCGCAGCGUGGUGGCAAACGACGUCUCUGCCAAGGCUGUCGAACUCAUCACCCAGAACAUUCAGCUGAAUGACACGGGGCACCUGGUGACUGCAAACCUGUCAGAUGCCCGGAUGCUGAUGUACCAGCACAAGGCAGCCAAAGAUCUCUUUGAUGUCAUUGACCUGGAUCCAUACGGAAGCCCUUCUAUGUUUCUUGACUCUGCGGUGCAGGCUGUGAGUGAAGGAGGCCUGCUGUGUGUCACGUGUACCGACAUGGCUGUGAUGGCUGGAAACUCUGGUGAGACCUGCUACAGCAAAUAUGGGGCCAUGUCCAUCAAGGCCAAGUUCUGCCACGAGAUGGCCCUGCGGAUUAUCCUGCACAGCCUUGACCUACGUGCCAACUGCUACCAGCGCUACAUUGUCCCGCUCCUGUCAGUCAGCGCUGAUUUCUAUAUCCGGGUCUUUGUCAGGGUCUUUUCUGGGCAAGUCAAGGUCAAAGCUAGUGCCAGCAAACAGGCCUUGGUUUAUAAUUGUGUGGGCUGUGGCUCGUUUCAUCUCCAAAGACUUGGCAAAGUGGCUCACAAUGGAAACAAUAUCAACUACAAGGCCGCCUCCGGCCCGCCUGUGGGGCUCUCCUGUGAGCACUGCCACCAGCGCCACCAGCUGGGCGGCCCCAUGUGGGCGGAGCCACUGCAUGACGCGGACUUUGUCCAGCAAGUCCUGUCAGCAGUUGGGAGCAAUCCAGGGCGCUUCCAGACAAGCCAGCGGAUUCAGGGUAUUCUGAGCAUGGCAAUUGAGGAACUCAGUGACGCCCCUCUUUAUUACACCCUUGACAAUCUCAGCAAAACCAUCCACUGCAACAGUCCCUCCCUGCUGCAGUUCAGGUCAGCUCUCCUCCAUGCUGGUUAUCGGGUGUCUCUGUCCCAUGCCUGCAAGAGUGCGAUCAAGACAGACGCAACGUCAUCUGUCAUCUGGGACAUCAUGCGCUGUUGGGAAAAACUCAACCCUGUGAAGAGAGAGCGCCUUUCAGAGAACUGUCCAGCUGCCUGCAUCCUCUCCGUGGAGCCCAAGCUGCAGGCGUCCUUCACUGUCCGGGCAGACGCGAAUCCCAGCUCACGAAAGCAAGGCCUGAAACGGUUCCAGCUGAAUCCAGAGCCCAACUGGGGGCCAAAAGCAAGAGCCAAAGCUGGGUAA